GUACAAAAAUUCCUUCUUUGAAAAAACCAAAAGAAAAACAGAGAAGGAAAAAGAAGCAAUGUUUCCGUUUCUGACUCCAAAUACAUUGGAAGUGGGCAGUCAAGGGGAGGAACUUCCAAGGCACCUAUGAACAGGCCUACACAAAAGUCUUCACUCAUAAAGAGACGGGUAUAGAAAAGAAUAAGCAAAAAGACAACUAAUAAUCAACCUUUAAGACAUUUUUUCACGGAACAAUUAGUGCCAUACAACCACAAACUCCUCCAUCUUGAAGAUAACGUGGACCCAAGAUUUCUUAUCCCCUCUGCCGUUGAUCAAAAGCUUACCUUGAUCCGAUGCAAUGAGCAUAUGCAUCUCCAAAAGGACGGAUACUCAUAUUCAUUCCUAUAUAAUCCCCCUUCAUGUAGCAUCCGAUCUCCACUGCCUUCUCUUGUUGAUGCAUUUUCAUCUUUUUUGACAUCAAAGCUUUGUUCAGUCAUGCUAGAAGGCAAAGCAGUUGUUGGCGAAACAGACAUGCUGCAGACGAUGCAAAAAGAUGCACUUCACUUGGCUUCAAAGGCUCUUGACAUCUUCGAGGCCAGUGAAUCUACAGAUAUAGCUCGCUUCAUAAAGAAGGUGAUAUCUAAACGCCAGAAAUUGCUGUAACUUGUGCCGGAUAUUAAAUACAUCAAACUAGAUCUAAAAUACACCCCUUCUGAUGAUGUGAUGUUUGCUGAUGCAGGAUUUCGACAAGGCAUAUGGACCUGGGUGGCAGUGUGUUGUGGGGACAGAUUUUGGUUCAUUUGUGACACACUGCCAUGGCUGCUUCAUCCACUUUUGCAUCGGCAGUCUUGCCAUCCUGCUCUUCCGGGGUGUGGUAAAUCAAACAGAUGAAGCUCAAUUCUUCCUCAAUAUGGGGAGUGUAAAUGCUUAGGCUUGCUUUCUUUAUAUUUUCUUUGCUUCUCUGUUCUCCUCUAGUUGCCUAAAAACAUUGGCAGU